AGUAAUUGGGUUUCCUGUGUUGUUGUAUGCGCCCUCGAUAUUAUUCAGCGGAUUUCCAUCUCAAGGCCAACUCAUCUGUUCAAAACAAAAUGGAAGACAAAAUUAAUGCCCUAAAAGAUUUCACGAUCUUUGGAUCUUCUAAAAAGAAUUCCAGUCCCRACACAACGACUUUGAAUAGCGGUUCAAACAGCCCAACUUCGCAGAAUGGACAAUGGGGAAGCUGGUUCAAAAAGGCUGAGGAAGAUCCAUAUUUGCCAAGUUUGUCCAGAAGACAAAGAAUCCUUGGCUUUUUUAUGUGUCUUCUUAUGGGAGUCUUUUGUUUCGUAAUGGUGGGUUAUCAUAAUAAUAAAUAGAUUGACACUGUUUUUAUUCUGAUUUGUAUUCUUGACAAUAUUUCAUUUCAUCAUAGUUUUUCAUUGCUAUGGGGACCUGUCAAUCAUGUCAAGCAUCUGUGUUCAUUAGGAAGACUGCCAUUCACUGCUGCAUACUUUGGGUCAAUGUUAGCAACACUUUAUAUGGCUUUAUUUGUAAAAAGUACAAUUUUAACUCUCUUUUUUGCUAUAAUUCAAGUAAUCACAUUAGUUUGGUAUUUUGUCAGUUAUAUUCCUGGUGGUACAACAGGGAUGAAGUUCUUCACUAAGCUCUUUUCAUCAGCAGUAACAAAGACAGUGUCAAGCACACUUCCUGUAUAAUACAACUAUAAAUGACUUAUAUUAUACAUAAAAUCCUUGUAAAUAUAAAUUGAAUAAAUUGAAGAAAAAGGCACGCAACUUGCAACUAUUAAAUAUAUGUACAUUAUAAAAAUAAGAAUGAUAUUAAACAAAGAUUUUGUCAUGUUUAGUUUUAUGUA